CCCGGGCGCUCCCACUGCCCGGACGCCGCGCGGCGGAGGGGAGGCGGAAGGCGCCCCCCGGUGGAGAGCCGGAGCCCCGCGCGAGUUCGGCAGCACGCAGCGAGCGGAGCCGGAGUCGGGCUGGGGACCGCUGGGUGGAGGCCGGACCACGGCGGCGCCGGGGGAGAAACGCGCUCCCUGACCCGGCGCCCCCCCGCCGGCUGCGCAGAAUGGUACGGACCGGCCGGAGUUAAAGCCCGGGAGGCUGCGCGUCCCGCGGCGGCGGCGGCGACGAUGGGGCUGCGUGCUGGAGGAACGCUGGGCAGGGCCGGCGCGGGUCGGGGUGCGCCCGAGGGGCCCGGGCCGAGCGGCGGCGCGCAGGGCAGCAGCAUCCACUCGGGCUGCAUCUCCGCGGUGCACAACGUGCCGCUGAGCGUGCUCAUCCGGCCGCUGCCGUCCGUGCUGGACCACGCCAAGGUGCAGAGCCUCGUGGACACGAUCCGGGAGGACCCCGACAGCGUGCCCCCCAUCGAUGUCCUCUGGAUCAAAGGGUCCCAGGGAGGUGACUACUUCUACUCCUUCGGCGGCUGCCACCGCUAUGCAGCCUACCAGCAGCUGCAGCGAGAGACUAUCCCUGCCAAGCUUGUCCAGUCCACUCUCUCGGACCUAAGGGUGUACCUGGGGGCAUCCACACCAGACUUGCUGUAGCAGCCUCCUUGGCACCUGCUGCCACCUUCAAGAGCCCAGAAGACACACUUGGCCUCCAGCAGGCUGGGCCAUGGAGAAGGGAUAGUAGGGGUACACUUUCUUUGAACCUGGGGAGAGGGCCUUACCCUUGAAGCAUUACUGAGAGGGUGAAAUGAGAACAGAAAUGGGCUUGGGGAGCCACACACUGCCAGCUCCAAAUUCCCAAGGACAAGGAUCCCUCUGCAUUUUUGUCUAUAUAUGUAUAGACAAAUAUAAGACAAAUUCUAGACAUAUCGAACCUCUUACACGGACUACAUUCAGCUGUGAGGCAAGGAAAGCCUUGGUUGCAGUGGUUUAAACAAGCUGAAGAUGGGUUUUCUACAUAGCAUGGAUUCCGGAGAUGGGUGGCUAACGGUUGGUUCAACAGCUCUGUGACGAUAAGGGCCACAUCUCAGAUCCUUCUGCCUUGCUCUCAGUGCUUGUUCCUUCAUGGUCCCAAGAUGGCUGCUGUAUCCCCAAGAAUCAUGUCUGGAUUCAAGGAAAGAGGGGUGGAGGAAGAGGAAGGGCUAAACUAGCUGGACCUGUCACCUUUUUUUUUUUUUUUUUUUUUUGGAGACAGAGUCUUACUCUGUCACCCAAGCUGGAGUGCAGUGGCGCAAUCUCAGCUCACUAUAACCUCCACCUCCCAGGUUCAAGCUAUUCUCCCUCCUCAGCCUCCUGAGUAGUGGGAUUACAGGCAUGUGCCACCACCCCUGGCUAAUUUUUUCUAUUUUUAGUAGAGACAGGGUUUCACUAUGUUAGCCAGGAUGGUCUCAAUUUCCUGACCUUGUGAACUGCCUGUCUUGGCCUCCCAAAGUGCUGGAAUUACAGGCAUGAGCCACCACACCUGGCCGGACCUGUCACCUUCUAUCAGAAAGUAAAACCUCAGUUAGAAGCCUGUUUCCUGCUCUCUCCUCCUGCAUA